AGUUCUCUUAUGCGUCUCGUGGUUGUCGUUUUGAUAGCGCUCGUGCGACUUUUCACACGAUAACAGUAUCAGUUAAUGAAAUGGUUAAAAUAAGCCACAGAAUGUGUUGAUUACUAGCAAAUCGCUAAUGCAGUAAUAAAUAAGUUAGCAAAUCUACAUUUUUGCGGGAAGAGUAAGAAAUUUUCAACCAUGGAGAUGGCCAAAGGCAAGAGAGGCAUUCUAAAGGAGAUGGGAGUGGGAUAAUCCAGCUGUUCCCACAUUGAAAAACUUCACUGAUUGCAAACUAUCACAACUUCCAGCAACAAUGAAUUCAACAAAUUCGACCCUUCUCGACUACCAGAAAGAUGAAAUAAACUUGUAUUAUGUAAUUUGUGAAGUUUUGGUGGCCGUAUUUGCAGUGAUCGGCAACGCUUUAGUGAUAUUUGUUUUCCGUAAGGAACGUAGACUGCGUCGAAGGACGAACUACUACAUUGUGUCCUUGGCGGCGGCUGAUUUGUUAGUGGGACUAUUGGGGAUUCCUUUUGCGAUCAUGUCUUCGGUUGGUUUACCAACAAAUCUCCACGCGUGUUUGUUUACGGUGUCUUUGCUUGUUGUUCUUUGCACUAUAUCGAUUUUUUGCCUGGUUGCCGUUUCGGUUGAUAGAUAUUGGGCCAUUCUGCAUCCGAUGGGAUAUUCGAGGAAUGUCAGGACGAAGACUGCCAUAGUGAUUAUCACGGUAUGUUGGGUGGCCGGAACCAUCGUCGGUUUUCUUCCUCUGAUGGGUUGGCACAAGAGCGCCCCUUCGGACGGUAGAUGCUUCUUCCUGGGCGUCAUGGACUACAACUAUUUGGUGUUUUUGUAUUUCGGUACCAUCAUAACGCCUGCUCUCCUCCUGGCGGCUUUCUACGCUCACAUAUACCAAGUUGUUCUCAAGCAACUGAGGCAAAUCGUGACAAUGAACCCCGAAAACGGCUCAUCCUCCACCAGUUGCUCAUCGGGAGGGACAAUGCUGCGAAUGCUCGGCGCUGCUCAAAAACGCGAAGUGAAAGCAACGCAAAACCUGGCCAUUAUAGUAUUAUUUUUCAUGAUUUGUUGGAUUCCUUUAUACACGAUCAACUGCAUUUUAGCGUUCUGUAACGAUUGUAAAGUCGACUCGACUUUCAUGUUUUCGUGCAUCAUUCUCUCCCAUUUAAACUCAGCCGGGAAUCCUCUGUUGUACGCCUACCACUUGCGCGACUUCCGCGCAGCUUUGAAAAAUUUCUUUUGCAAUUUGUUCGGCUAUAGCGAGGCCCAGGUAGUGCCAAGCCACAAACGCACGUCGUAUAAUAACUAUACCAAUUGUAGAACCGACAGACUUUGUAACAGAUCACACAAUCACUCGCAGAUUUACUAUCGAAAAAAAUCGAUCGAUCAGGUUUUGACCAUCGUUGCGGCCACGGCUGGAGAGCCCCCGAACCGCGAAAUGUGGAACAUUCCAGAAGCCUCAUCGAACUCGAGCGACUCUCUGAAGCACCACAAUGAAAAAAUUUCGAUCGUAAGACCGGAAACUCCCUACUGUGUUAAACCAAACAGCUUGGUCAAUCAAGGCUACGUCGAAACGUCUAGCCUUGAUGAUGACGAUGUGUUCAUUGACGAAACUUUCCCCUUCAACGAGUUCAACUACGACGAACUCGACACCAACUUAACCGAGAAACUCAAGCGAGAAGUGCAAGUCAAAACGCUAUCAAAUUCCUCGCCGCAACUCUCGCGCAAUUUGUUUCUAGUGGAAGAUAAUUGUAAGACUCAGUUUAUGAGGAGUUGCAGUUUGGUGGAAAAUGAAUUGAAAGCAAACAGAAUUACUAGUCCGUUCAGGGAAAUGUUCAAAAAGAAGCCAAAGUUGGGGAGGAGUUUGAGUGAUGAGGGGACGACUUCCAACGAAUCGAUUCAACGGAAACCCAACGGCAAUGUUAUUCGGAGUUCUUGUGGUAGUUAAUUCGGAUUGUGCGAAAUGUAAUUUAUUGUCUAUUUAUUGUGUGUAGUUUAAAACCAAUUAUACAGACUGUCCCAGUGAAUUGGAAAAGCCCAUUAUUGACGUUUAUAUAACUGAAGUAUUUUUUUACAAAAGCCCCUGUCCCUGCCACUGUUUCAAAAAUGAGCAACAAUACAAAGUUGUGUUUUUUUUAAUGGAAAACCCUAAGUUUUAUUGCAUUUUUGGGUAUCUUUUAUACAUUUUGAUCUAAACUUGUAUUGAUCGAUUUUGCUUAGUUUUUAAUUAAUUUGAUAUUUUUAACAAAAACACGCUUUUUUUAAAUAUCUAUUACACAAAAACUAAGAUCCUAAGAAAAAUACGACCUUCACCACUUUAAAAGGAAAAUUCAAACUUAAAUUUGUACCAGUUGUUUUGCACAUUGCAGUAGUUAGGAAUGUAAAAAAAAUA